AUGACACCUUCAAUCAACGAUAUCGCCAGCCACACAACCUCACCUUCCGGUUGUAGGGUUGGUAUCAAUGGAUUCGGUCGUAUUGGACGCAAUGUUCUCCGCGCCGCUCUAGGCCGUUCCGACCUGCAAAUCGUCGCCAUCAACCACACAUGCGUCAGCGUUGAAGACCUAAUCUACCUCAUCCGCUACGAUUCAUCCAUGGGAGAUCUAGACGAGCGAACCGAAAUCAAAGCUAUCUCAGACAAAUUUAUCUCCAUCGAAGGCAACAGAAUCGCCCUCACAUCAGAACGUGACCUGAAGAAACUGAACUGGGCAUCCCUGGAAGUCGACUACGUCCUCGAAUGCACCGGAAAAUUCACAAAAAAGGACCUCGCCCUUGAACAUAUUACCUACGGCCAAGCCAAGCGUGUGAUUAUCUCUGCUCCUAGCUCAGAUUCACCCACUUUUGUCUUUGGUGUGAACCACGACACCUAUACUUCGAAUGAGGAAUGCCGCGUUAUCUCCAAUGCUAGCUGCACUACCAACUGCGUCACUCCUGUUUUAAAGGUUCUUCACGAGUCUUUUGGUAUUACACAGGGUUUCUUGACAACUGUGCACGCUGCUACACGAUCCCAACAAGUUCUUGAUGGCUAUAGCAAGAAGAACCGUCGUCUAGGUCGCCAAGUCUUCAACAAUAUCAUCCCCACAUCAACCGGUGCUGCAAAGGCAAUUGCUACUGUCUUGCCCCAGCUGCAGGGCAAGGUGACUGGAGUGUCGAUCCGUGUACCAACCCCCAACGUCUCCAUGAUUGAUCUUACCAUCUGCACCGAAACACCAACCUCACUCGCCGAAAUUCUCUCUGCAUUCCGCAAGGCUUCCAAGUCCGAAUUGGCCGGUGUCCUCAAAGUGACAGAUGAGGAGCUUGUGAGCAGCGAUUACAAUGGUAGCCCAUACAGUGCCAUUAUUGAUGCACCCGCUUGUGCGGAGCUCAACCCACAAUUUUUCAAGAUUAUGGCUUGGUAUGACAAUGAGUGGGGUUACUCGAGCAGACUGCUUGACUUGACAACCUUGGUUCACUUCAAGGAGAUUGCUUGA